AUGGCCAGCCUCAGAAAUAUCAUGAACGUCGAUGUUGAUGACGAUCAUGUACUUUCCCAUGGUGUGAAUAAGGCGGUGGAUGCUGGAUCGACAUCAUCUCAACAUCAUGACCCCUCCACCACAUCUGCUACAUACGUACGUGGUUCAGACUACUCCUUCAACACGACUUCUUCUCAGAGUCGACGGUUGAGUCCUUUGACGCGGUCGCUGCGGUCAUUUCCCGUCAACCAGAACCUCCAGUCACCCCUGCCAUAUGGCCACUCAGCCCGCCAAACUGCCACUGAUCGUUGUCAAAGCAUCGCGAGCACAGACUCUAUGGACUCUCACUACGGCCAAGGCCACAGCUAUGGCCACGGUCACUCUACGUCUUUUCCUUCUGCUCCGAUGAGGCCGUUUGUGCCUCCACAAGAGGCUCCCGUCAAGUUGACUCCCAUAACGGGAAGGGUUAGCAGGGCAAAGAAGGGGGUGCCAGUCCACACCUGUGAUGUCUGUCGUCCGCCAAAGACAUUCACCAGAGCUGAACAUCUAAGGCGACAUAAACUGAGUCAUAAACCGCCGGAUCUACCAUGUCCUGUUCCUGGUUGCGACAAGGUAUUCCAUCGACGGGACCUGCUGGAGCGACAUCAACAAAGACAUGAGCAAGACGACCGCGCGGGAAAACCCAGCAGGGGCACACCGUCUAGAAGUCCGUUUAGUCCUGGAGGUAGUGGAAGACCCAGUUAUACCACAAGUUCGCCACCAGAAUCAUUGAUGUCGGUUCAACAGACGUAUGGUAGUGCCUCGCCGACACCUGCAACGUCCGCUCUCUCCAUGAGCUCUGAUCACUGGGCCACCCACAAGAGCACGCCGCUCCCUGUGCGUCAUGUGGCUAGCACCGACAUCGCCAUGGAGAGAUUGAAGGGUGAAUACAUGGUAAAAUCCGUUCCUACCAUACCGUCCUCGACGUCAGACGCCGCCGUCAACUUUGCUCAACCACGAUCCAUGCCUAGCAUGCCCACUCUAGGGCCUGUUCAAGCUGUUUGCUCGUCAAGGGCUCCCGCGCCAGCCAUGUCAUGGGCAGCCACCGCUCCCGUUGCAACUUCGUCCGCUCCCGGGAGCUUCUCACCACCGCCUACCGUCGCGGCAGCACCUGAAAGGAGACUAGACAUGUCCCUGUCAGGUACAAGCUGGGCCACGAUGCCUCAGACAACGCUCCGAAACAUGCCAACGCCAGCUGUCGCGACGGGAAGUGGUUACCCGGUUUCGUACGCAUAUGGCCAUUCUCUUGCAAACUCCUACUCUUCACUUUACGAAGACGAGCACACGACAGUCAGUGUUCCUGCAUUCAACAGUAAUCCAGCACCGUAUCAACUGCCCAUGUCGACUCCCGCUAUCCGCAACCUAUCGCCUCAACUCCUCCUGGGCCAGUCGUCGGAAACCAUGGUCACUGUGCCGGCGCCACUGCCCGCAGAUCGUGUCAUUAGUAACGCUCCAUGCCGAGGGGAGCCGAGUCCUAGGUUUAGCUCGUUGGCUCAGGAUCUGAUGCCAGUGUCGCUGAGCAGGGAAGCUCGCUCUGCGCUUCCUACCUACAUCGACAUAUACUGGGAGAGAGUUCAUCCAUUUUACCCCAUCAUACAUCGGUGCACUGGGGAAAACAGCAAUGACGUCGCGCUGGAGCAUGUGGAUGUACUCCGUUGUGCCAUGGCGGCGGUGGCGACUCAGUUCCUUGGCCACAGGGAACAUCGUAUCAACGGCAGCCAACUGCACGCCUACGCAUGGCAGAAGUCGAAAAGCUUGACGGAAGCGGCGACUUGGACACUACCGACCAUGCAAACCAUCUUACUUUGCGAGUACUAUGCAAGAUUCCGGGGACGCAACAAGGACGACUAUCAACCUUCGUCACGGUUCCUCGCCUUAUAUCAUAUGAUAUCCAGCUACUGCUCUGCCUCAUUGCCGGAGAUUUCGGGUCCUCGACCUCAACGGUGGGCUUCGUGGAUAUAUAUCGAGUCGUGUCGACGACUGUUUUCUGCCUGUUUUCUUCUGAGCGUCCACGGAAUGUGCUAUCACGAGCAGCCUUACAGUGCCGUUUUGGGCCUGGAGAAUAUGGCGGCAUCGAAAUUCCCCGUGCCACUGACAGCGAGCACGACCGGGCUGUGGGAAGCCAGAAACGCCGAUGCCUGGGCCGCCAUUGACGUGACGAGGGUGGCAGUGACGACGGUGGGAGAGGUGAUGCAAGAUGCCGAGUGGUCCAGUCUCGACAAUCCGGCCUUUGAUAUAUCUCUCGUGAUCGCAGCGCAUGCCCUGCAGCUACCGAUGAGGCAAAACCGCCAAGAGGUCCAGUUGGUCGCGGAUGUGAGCACCUUCCGCAGCAACGACUUGCCCAUGUACAAGCACUUCAGUCGCCGCCCCGGAGCCGCGGCAUAUCUUGCUCUGCACCACACUCCACUGCACGUUCUCCUGGCCGUCUCGGGCGAUAGCUGGGUGUUCAACAAGAAGAUUCCGGACGCGUGUCUCUUUGCCGAGUACAAGAGGAGGCUUGGCGAGUGGCGAAAUUCCGGCACCUCUGCCAUAGCCACGGUAUUCGCCGCCCGUGCCAUCCGAGACUUUUUGAGCUUGUCGCAUGGCGACGGCUCGGGGCCGACGGCAGCGUCAAACGCCUCUCCUGCGCACGGCACCGUCACCUGCAAGGAGAUUUCCGACUACUGGGGAUUGUACGUCUGCGCCCUCAUCUGCUGGGCGUUUGGACAUACCGGCAAGAGACUGACGACGGAGAAGCGGCUCGCGGCUCGAAACAGGGCCAUCGGCUGGGUGCAGACGGUGGCGGAGCUGGAGCCCGGGCAGCUGCAGGCGUUGCCGGGACGAGAGGACUCGCAGGUCAUUGUUGGCUUUGUCCGAGACGCGCUUGAGAAAGACUGCCUGGGGGGCCGAAACAUACUGUACGCUGAUUCUGUCGGCGUGCUGCGCAAGCUAGAAGAGGUUGACAACUGGAGCUGGUUUUGA